AUUUACUACGACUACGACGACAACGUUGCGUUUAUAAUUAAUAUUUUUUAUGAUUCCAUAAAUGAUAAAAAUUUAUUAUUAUUAUUAUUAAUCAACCGAAAGAUAUCUCUAUCUUUUUUGAUUAGUGCCAACCAAAAUACCUACCUAUCGUGAGAGAGAGAUAAAAUAUCAAAAAGCAAACGAACCCAACUCAUUAGUACAAAUACACAUAUCGCCGGUGAAAAAACAAACUGUGCUCUCAAAUUCCGUGCCUAAAAGAAAAUUAAAUUUUAAAAAUAAAUACCAGUUUUCUGUGCGUGUGUUUAAAAAGAAACUAUGGCUAAUAAAGAUGAUUAUUUGGCGGUUUAUCAGAGAUUUUUUGAGUGUUUUGCCCAAACGGUUAAUCCUAAUGAUCAACUACCUGUUAGGUUAGCCACUUACAACUUGGUUAAUCUUGAAGUCGUCGGUGGAAUCAUCGAUUGGACUACACAAUAUUUAACUCAAAAACAAUGUCCGCCCAGUCUUCUUGCGCCAUUAAUAAAAAUUAUUAUAGAUGAGAUCAGGAAGAAUUGUACGAAGAAUCCUGUUGAUUGUGGAUAUAACACUAAUGCAGAAGUUUACGAACCGUUGAAGUUGAUGCAAGCUGUAAUGGCCAAAACAAACGAAGUCUGCUUGAGGUACAUUGACAACAGCAUGCUUUGUUCAUUACCAACUCCUGGUCCACCACAUUACGCGGUUAGUGUAGCUGCCAUUAAAAACGGAAGGAGAAAAAUGGAAGACCGGCAUGUGGUAAUCCAUGAUUUGAACACCAUGUUUAAUAUUCAGGAAGCAAGUCCGUCCAGUUAUUACGCUAUAUUCGAUGGCCACGCGGGCCAUGACGCCGCUGCUUAUAGUGCUGUACAUCUCCACCAAUUCUUGGCGGAGAGUAAAUAUUUCGUGAAGAAUCCAGAGCAAGCCUUAAUAGAUGCCUUUUAUAAAACAGACGAUUUGUUUAUUCAUAAAGAAGAGUUUUGUAGUGGUACAACCGCUGUAUGUGCCCUACUAAAGCCUAAAGAAAGAAUGUUGUACAUAGCAUGGGUUGGCGACUCCCAGGCGUUAAUAGUUAGCAAAGGAGAACUUAACCAAUGCGUUAAUCCUCACAAACCAGGAAGAAAAGAUGAAAAAGAUAGAAUAGAGCAACAAGGCGGUGUUGUGAUGUUUUGGGGAACCUGGAGAGUAAAUGGACAAUUAGCUGUAUCUAGAGCAAUAGGUGAUAGACAAUAUAAACCCUACGUAACAGCAAUACCAGAAGUGAAAGAAAUUCCCAUAACUGCCAAUACGGAUUUCGUAAUUUUAGCCUGUGAUGGAUUAUGGGAUUUCUUAUGCGAAGAUAAAGCUGCCAGAAUAGUUUAUAACGCGGUUUGCACAAAUACAGACGAUAUCGAUUCAAUUAGUCAACGUUUGGUGGAACAAGCAAAGAUCCAAGGGUCGAACGAUAACAUCUCAGUAAUUGUGGUCUUUCUUCGAGAACCUUCAAAAGUAGCUGCGGACGCCCACUGGGCAAACCGCAAUACAACAACAAAGAUGGAGGCAGGUCUGGAUAAUGCUAACGCGACGAAUAACCCAUUCGCAAAUUCCAAUGGAGCCGAAAUUCUACAACAAAAAGACGAUUUCCUUUUAAAUCAACCCAAAGAUGACUUCCUCUUAAACCUCACUGAAGGUUUUAAACAGAAUGGAGGUCAAUCUCCAACUGCAAACAACCGACAUUUCACCAACUUCGACAUGAAUCCAUCCAAUGGAAAGAGGCAAUCCUUGGAUGAAUUUGAUGAAGACGAAGAUAUGGGCCCAGAAACUGAUGUGGAUACUGUUGAUGACAUUCCAUCUCCAGUAGAUGCUAAACAGGUGAUGUUUCACCAAGAUAACGAUGAAAAUCAAAAAGAAAACGCUUUCAAUCCGUUCACUGAUAUCGAAGAAAAAGAGACGUGCGAUGUUGAUAUCGACCUAGAAUUGCAGAAACAACAAAGUGUUGAAUUCGAAGUACAGGAAUCUAUGAGAGAAGAAACGCCAACGCCCCCAGGUGAAAAAGUUAAUGAUGGAACAGUAGAAGAGAAUGUAGCUGAUAGCGGUGAAGAAUCAGAAGACGAGUGGAAUUACUUCAAGGGAAAUUCUGCCGAAGCUGAAACUAGCACUUCUUCCUUGAAAACCGACCAAGAAGUUGCGGAAUUAACUAAAACUAUAGAAGAGGACGAAGAGCAAGACAUGUCUCAGUUAAACCCGAACGCCGCCGAAUUUGUGCCUAUCUCAUCACCAACGAGAAACAUAUCGUCUCCGGCCUGUAGGGCUCUCAUCGACGACAAAAUUCUCGCGCAAUCGCCGAGAGCCACAGCCCGCACGGACAUUGACAUUAACGUUCCCAAUCCUUCGGAAUUCGCAUCAGAAGUUAAAAGUAGACCUGGUGAUAUUUUCAAUAAUAGCCAUGAUAACGAAAAUGGUCAUAAACUCUCAUCACAGGAAGUAAUGGAAAACUUGCUCAACGGUAAGAAUCUGGAUGAGAUUGAAUUCUACCCAAGCACACCAUCAAAGACAGCUUCAACAAAUUUAAAUACGGACGAAUUUCAUUUUGGACCAAACGCAACCCCAUUCUCAACACCCGCGAAACCAUUGGACCAAUCAGAGGCUUUAUCCACUAAAGCGCUCUUCGGAGACGAAUCCACUGCCAGUUAUUUGGAAGGAACAACAUUAGAAUCACCUCGCGAACGCAAAGAUGACGAAACCAUCUCGUCUUUAAAACUAAAAGAGCAAGAUCCAAUGUCGAUGUCGUUUUACCAAGAUGAAAACGAACACAAUCCGUUCGAUUUGAACGAAGUUCAAAAUCUUCCUGAUGAUUUAGACGAAUUUAUCGCUGGAACUGAUAACGUAGAAAAACAUGAACAGGACGAUAAAGAAAAUCUUAACCCAGAAUCGAAUCAGUAUUUAUUGGGGGUUUCAGAAUUACCGAAAACGCCUGAACCAGAAAGUGACUUAGAAAUAACAAAAGAUAUGGAUGUCGAAAAAGUCUGUGAUUUACCACCUAGUAUUUCUCCAACUUUGGAAGAAAUCGCUAAACAACCUUUACCAAUAACACCCGAACCAACCGAAUCGUUGGAAAGUCAAAAUAUUUCCGAAGAAGAAAAGAUCGAAACAUUUGAAAAAGACGAACUUUUACAACAAGAUGACGUAGUUUCUGACUCGUUCGAACAAAAUCUUAUCGAUGUAGAACCCAAACAACCAGAAAUAGAAAAAGAAAUCGUCAAAGAAACCGAAGAACCAGACUUCGCUAAUUCUAGUCUCGCGACUUCAAAUUUACUUCCACCAACUGCAGACUUAUUAUCUUCCGUUGAAAACAAUCUCCCUACAACAUGUGAUAUUAAGAAGAUGCCUGAUUUGGACUCGGCACCAGAUACUGAGGAAUUAAGCCAAAUUUCCGAUGCAGGAGACGAAAUUCCUCCAUUAUGCAAAUCACCAGAAAUGAUAAGCGAUCUUGAUCAAUUUGAAUCCGAUAUGAAAGAAGUGAUUCAAGAAGCAUCGCAAGUAUUUGAAAGCGUUAGUAAUAUUGAAGGUAUUCUUGAUGAUGUAGCUGAAACUGCUGAAAAGAUUGCCAACACCAUAGAAAGAGAGGUUAAAGAAGAUAAGGAAACUAUUGAAGAAGCUAUUUUUGGACUUGAUAACACUCAGGAAAACGUUACGAACGAAGUUUGCGAAAUUACCAACACAGUAUUCAAUAGUAUUCCAAUAUCGUCUGGUGAAAAACAAGAAAGUCUUCAUGGUGAACCGGAUAUAGUAACUGCUUUAACCAAUUAUGAUAAUAUCGAACCUUUAGAAAAAAUCGAAACGGAAAUAGAACCGAUUGAAACCAAAUCCCAAGAUGCUUUUGGAAAUACUAAAUAUUCCGAACAUCUUUUUGAAACUUCUGAUGAGAAACUAAAAGAAGAGGACAAAUAUUCUAAAUAUUUAAAUAUGGUGGAAGAUGGUCACAUUUCCGAAUUUGAAUCAAGAACUACUACGUUAGAUCAUGGCGAAAAUAUUGCACGAGGAAUGGAAGAGCAUAUUCCAGAAAUAGCAGAAUCAGAAAAAGAAAUUAUUUUAACAGAAUCAGAAAAAGCGAUCGUGUUGACGGAAUCAGAUAAAAAUCUUGAUUUAACAGAAUCAGAAAAAGAACUCCUUUACUCGCCAGAACCCAGCAAUGAAAUUUUGAUGAAAAACGAUAUAGAUCUGGAAGAAAAGUUCGAUGAUAAAGUUUCUGAUGAUAUGCGCGACUUGGAUUCGCCAAUGGAAGACGUUACAACAUCGAUUAAAGAUGAUGUUUCUACUUCAGAAAUAAUCGAAGAAGCUAAAGACAUUAGUACUGAAAAAGAUAUGGUGUUGCAAGACAAUUUUGGUAUUACAAAUAACGACGUUUUAGUUGAAAAAGUCCACGUAGAAGAAAGAAUUGGUGACGUCCAAGAAAAACUUGGAGUGGAAUUAAUAACUCCCGAACCAAUUCUUGACAAAAAAGUCAAGGAAGAGGUUGAUCAAAAAGUUGAAAAUGUUCCAGAAGAAGUUAUCCAUGUGAUUGAAGACAAUCUUAAAGAGAUACUUGACGAAAACAUCCAAGAAACCAUUCCCCAUCAAAUUCAAGAGGUAGUUGAAGAUCACAAGAUUUUAGAUCAAGAAGUUUUAGCCCCAAGUCCCGUGGUACCACCAAUCGAGGAACCUUUGAUUUUGGGAGAUGUAGUUCCAACAGAAGAAAUCAAAACAACCCCUAUUCCACAAGAACCUACAAUUGAACUCAUCAAAACCGACUUAAUCACUCCACAAUAUCCAGAAGAAACUACAAUUAUAACUCCCUCAGAAGAAAUCAAAGAAGUUGUUCCUCCUGUUGAAGCAGAAAUACCAGUAGAAACUCCAUCAGAAGUUCCUCCACCACACGAAGAAGUCAAAAAAGAAGAGACACCUGAAACUAAAGUAGAUACAACAACCGCUGUUACCGCUGCGGUUGUUGGUGGAACUGCAGCUGUGGCAGCUGCAGCAACUGCUGCCGUUGCCGCGACGAAAUCAAAAGAAAAGAAACCUUUGACACCAGAGAAAAAACCAUCCGCAACUAAGAAACCUACAUCAGCAUCAAAACCAUCUGCUACAACUGUACCAUCUAAAACUUCAAAACCACCUUCAAAGCCAUUGACACCAAAAUCUGCUCCAGCAUCAACAAAAGCACCAGCAGCAGCAAAACCACCAGCUGCAGCGAAACCAUUAGCUGCAAAAUCGUUGGCUCCUACUCAAUCAAAACCUUCAUCCAGACCAUCCAGCUCCUCCAAAUCAGCUACAAAACCGGAACCUGCAAAAACAAUUGAGAAAAAAUCUUCACCAAUACACAAUGGAGAGGUGAAAUCGGCAUUGGCAAAACCAUUGAUGGCGUCAAAGAAACUCGCGGCCGUUCCUAAAACGCCAACCGGAACCAGAACGCUUCCCGCCAAAUCAUCCAGUCCAACAAAAUCUGAACCGAAAGUUGAGGUUAUCAAAGCUGCUCCAAAACCACCAGUAAAGGCGGCUCCAACUUCUAAAACUACUAUGGUAACCACUAAACCAAGACCUACAACUUUAACAUCUACAACAAGAACAGUACCUCCAAUUAAGAGUACGUUAAAACCAGCAACUGCAACUUCUCCAAAACUUUCAUCUUCGCCAGCAAGGGCAUCACGACCUCCACUCAGUGCAUCAGCAAUGUCUAAGCCAAAAACGUCUCUUAAUGCAAAGGGUCCUGAUGCUGAAAAACAACUUAAAGACUCUGUUAAUAAACAGCUAACAAGCACUCGCACAACGGUAACCAAAACUGGAACUGCCCCAGGAAAAACGACUACAACCACUACCAGGAGAAUAGAGACGAACAAGAGUUCUACCGCUGCAACACGAACGACUACGACUACAAGAACCACGAUGACUAAAACGACAAAGAAACCAGCCGAAAUAACAAAACUUGCGAAUAAAGCGAAACCAACUGCAACGAAAACAGCCUCGAGAACACCCCAACAAAACGGCACUAUCGAACAACACCACGUAGUGACUACGGUUGUUCAAGAAACAACUGCCAUCCUAACGGCCGAACCGCAGCUCGUUAAAGAUUUAUCCCCGCCAAUUGAAAAUAAAUUCAUCACAGAUAAUUUGCAACAGGUAACUGAGAGAAACGUCGACUGAAUUGGUGUUUAAAAAUAAACUAUUUAUAAUAAUACUUUAAUUAAUAAAACUUAUUAAUCUAUUUGUAUUUAGCGAGUACUACUACGUAAGUGUAAUAUCAAAUUUUUAUAUUAUAAAAAAAACAAAUACGGAUUAUUAUUACUACAACAAUUAUUGUCGAUUAUUAUUAUCUAUAUGGAUUGAUCGUAAUAGUUGAGAGAGCUGUUUCAAUUAACAAAAAAAAAAAAAA